GUAUUUCGAUGGCAGGAGAAUCGAAAAGUGUUUAAAUUGUUGUCUAUUGGUGGUAUUAUCGGUGCUGAACGUCAGGUAAAUCUCUAGCUCUGAAACCACAGAAUUUGAAGAUGUCAGAUACUUGGAGUGACAUACAGGCCUUGAAGUCAAGACAGAGUAGUCUGCGGGAACGACUACAACGAAGAAAGAAAGAAAGAGAAGGCAUUGUCUUAAGCAUCCAAGGGGAGCUUGGAGGGCCAACAGGAAGCCCCCGCAGCAAUAGCCCUAACCCAGUUCAACAGCAAUCUAAAGAAGAAAGUUUGGUUAAAACUCAGGAGGUAAAGACUGACCCAGAAGUUGAACACCAACUUCUGCUGAGGCUCUGUGAUGCUGCUCUAAAUCUCCCAGUAGAUUCCUUAAAUCUUAUUUCAUCAGUUUCGAAAUCUUUGGGAAAAGAUGUCUCAAACUUGAUGGUGGAGAAUCUACUGCAGAAAUUCUCAGCACAAGAACUUAUUUCCAUUAAGGAAAGCUUUUCCCCAGAAGGUAAGAGUUUACUUGUUGUUGAGUCAGCUGAACAUGACAAACUUCAGGCUGUUCUAGAUAUAUUUGAGGGAGAUAAACAGGAUCUAGAAAUAACAGAGAAAAGGAAAAGUGACACAGUUUUGGAAGAUGAGCCAAAAACUAAAAUAAAUGCUAAAGCUAAAGAAACUGGCAAAAAAGACAGUGAAAAUAUCAAUAUUGAAAGUCUUCUUUCUUUACCCUCGGCACGAGAAAAAGAAAAUAAAAAAAUGGGAGAAGAAAUUUUAGAGUUGUUGAGUAAACCAACAGCAAAAGAACGAUCUUUAGUGGAACGUUUUCAGUCACAAGGUGGAGCUCAGGUUCAGGAGUUUUGCCCUCAUGGAACCAAAGAAGAAUGUAUCAAAAUGUCAGGAGACAAUAAAGCUUGUACCAAACUUCACUUCAAAAAAAUCAUUCAGAAACAUACUGACGAGUCUCUUGGUGACUGUUCUUUCUUAAACACUUGUUUCCAUAUGGAUACGUGCAAGUAUGUUCACUAUGAAGUUGACUAUUCAACAAUUACACCUCCUUCAGCAAAGAUUCAGCUCAAUGAUAAACAAGAUUCAAAAAUGUCACAUGAUGGAAAAGUAACCACGUUAUAUCCAGCACAGUGGAUUCAGUGUGACUUGCGUUUUUUUGACAUGACAAUUCUGGGUAAGUUUGCUGUCGUGAUGGCUGACCCACCUUGGGAUAUUCACAUGGAAUUACCAUAUGGAACAAUGUCAGAUGAUGAAAUGAGACAGUUGAAUAUUCCAAGUUUACAGGAUGAAGGCUUAAUCUUCUUGUGGGUGACUGGACGAGCCAUGGAACUUGGACGUGAGUGCCUCAAAUUGUGGGGUUAUGAACGUUGUGAUGAAAUUAUCUGGGUAAAGACCAAUCAGCUUCAGAGAAUUAUUCGUACUGGAAGAACAGGUCAUUGGUUAAAUCAUGGAAAAGAACAUUGUCUGGUAGGAAUCAAGGGGGAUCCAGAUUCAAUCAAUCGUGGAUUGGAUUGCGAUGUGAUUGUUGCAGAAGUUCGUGCAACUAGCCACAAGCCAGAUGAAAUUUAUGGAAUUAUAGAGAGGCUUUCUCCAGGAACUAGAAAAAUUGAACUGUUUGGUCGGUCUCAUAAUGUUCAACCUAAUUGGAUUACUCUUGGUAAUCAGGUGGACGGAGUGCGGCUGAUAGAUCCCAGUCUGAUUGAGUCAUUCCAGCAACGAUACCCAGAUGGAAACUGUAUGAAGAAACCUGAGUAAAACAGUACUUAGAGAAAAAUCCUCUUUAGAGGUUAAUUGAAGUGAUUCUGUAUAAUGUUUAUGUAUACAAUUUUGGUGUUAGACAGAGGAGACAGUGCACAGUUUAUUCCCAUUUAACUGUAUUCAAAUAACUGUGGACUACAUAUAAAUGUUAAAAUAUUUUUAUAUCUUUCUUUGCUUCAAUCUACCAAUACCUUUUACAUCUGUUUAUUAUAAUACGAACUAAUGAAAAGUUGAUGAACAUUAAAACCUUUUAUGUCAGA